AUUUAAUGAAGGAUUACAUACUUAUUAUUACUAUGUGGCUUAUUUUUCAGCCAAGUAUUCUAAUAAUAUUGUAUUUUAGUUCAAUUCUAUAUAGAUUCUCAUUAUGGAGCAUAUCAAUUUGGAAGUGUGGGGUAUAUAUCACGUGAUUGUUUAUGGCCAUUUUGUUGUGGUUAGUUUAUACAAAAAAUUUGCUGACCAUAAACCACGGAAAUCAAGGGUGGAGCGAUGGAGUUCAUCUCAUGUUAUUAUUCAUAGGAUAUUCUUUCCAAGUGAUUUGUUUGUGUCCCAUUUUAAAGAGAUGAAGAGGCAAUUUAGCAGUUUGAUUAUGGAAGACUUGCAUGGAUCCUACAACAUAACUUUCACUGAAACAGAUGCUUUGUAUGGAUCCUCAGUUAAGCUUAAUCAUACUAGACCAAAUACUCCGAAUUACUUAACACCAUUGACCAAGUCUAAUAGCCUCCCUGGAAUUGCAGUUUCUGUAAUUCAAGAUCUCAAGCUUGAGUUUUUCAAUGCAUUUACAUACACCUCCUCUCUAUCAGGGCUGGAAGUAUGUAUUGCUCCCAGUCUUGAAUUCAGUAGGGCUCAAAAUGACACGCAGCUUUUGGAUCCAUUCACAUUUAUAUUUUUCUUAGGCUCUGAUGGUAAGGAGUACAUUGAUUUAAUAAGAAACAAGAUGUCAUUUGCUUCUAUUCUUAUUGUUACGUCUAAUUGUGAACUAAAAUCAUUUCGCUGUGGUCCUCCUUUCAUGAUCACGGAUAAUAUACAGUGUCACCGCAUAAGUUCAGCCUUGAAUGUUUUAGACCCAUUGGGUGGUGGAUGUUAUCCAUUGAAUUAUCUUAUGAUCGCUGAUCUAAAGAUGAAAAUAAGAUUCAAGGUGCCUAUUCUCACUCGUGUCCACACAAGUUCGCACAGAAUUCGAGGCAAGAGUUUUAUGUUGGAAGGAGGAUCAACAUAUGCCAGAUUUGGUCUCCAAAUCGGCCAGUUAGAUAGUUUUAUUGAGGAUUUCAUGAUCUGUUUAAUGAAUGGAGCAAGGUGAUAAAUUAUACAAUCUUUGAAAUA